ACUUAGCUUUGGCUAGCUCCUCCCUAACUUACCUGCACUGUAGCCCAGCUCUUCUGGUGGCAGACCAGCAAGUCUUUGCUAUGUUGCAGUGGUCUCUACUUGGCACCCUGGUCUGGAGCCCUGGCUCUGUUCUGCUUAUUCUAGUCCUGCUUAGACUAAGUGUGCGGCUCUGGCAUGAAUCUUAUCUUUGGGACCUCCGACAGUGCUCCACAGACCUAACUGGGAAGACAGCAGUCGUGACUGGAGCCAAUAGUGGCAUCGGAAAGGCUGUAUGCCAGGAACUAGCUCGUCGUGGGGCCCGUGUGAUCCUCGCCUGCCGUAACUGGGAGCGUGGACAGAAAGCCCUUGCCGAGAUCCAAGUAGCCUCAAAGGGGACCUGCCUCCUGCUUGGCCAGGUGGACUUGAGCUCUAUGGCCUCCAUCCGGAGCUUUGCCCGGUGGCUUCUGCAGGAGUACCCCGAGAUACAUCUGCUGGUUAACAAUGCUGCAAUCUCUGGAUUCCCCAAGACACUUACCCCAGAGGGCCUUGAUCUCACCUUUGCCACCAACUAUGUUGGGCCCUUUCUGCUUACAAAUCUACUCCAAGGGGCCCUACAACAGGCAGGGUCAGCUCGGGUAGUGAAUGUGUCUUCCUUUCGGCAUGCACAUGGGUAUGUUGAUGAGAAACAUCUGACAGGGGCUGGCAAACCUUUGACCUUAACCCAGAGCUAUGACUGCAGCAAACUGCUCUUGACCUCCUUCACUGGGGAGCUUGCCCGGAGACUUCAAGGGACAGGUGUGACUGUGAACUCUGUUGACCCAGGUGUGGUAUACACAAAGAUCAUGAAGCCUUACCCUUGGUUGUACCGCUUCCUUUUCUGGCUCUUCAGCUUCUUCUGUAAGGAUGUCAAACAAGGUGCAAUCCCAGUCCUCUACCUGAGCUUGGCAAAGGAGCUGGAUGGUGUUUCUGGAAAAUAUUUUAGCAGUUCCUGUAUGAUAACUCUCCCCACUGAAGCUGCUCAGGAUCCUCAAGUGGCCCAAAGCCUCUGGAAUGCCUCAGUCCAGCUAACGAACCUAGACAAGAUGGACUGAUCCUCUGUGACCCCUACCCUAAUUUACCAUCCUCUCUGAUUCCCAGCCCUUUCUCUGAUCAUGCCUUUUGUUUACUAGCUUCAAGCAUCAAUCAUCUUGUCUGGUAUAACAAACACUUCCUCUUCCUGUUGGUUCACUGGCAUGAGAGCUCAGAUUUUCCGGAGGAUAGUUUUAGCUCCUACUUUACUGCCAGUUCUCUGAUGGAACUCUUUAUCCCUUGGCUACUAGGAUCUCCAAACCUACAGAGUUCCACGCUGUGAUGACAGGGAGAAAAUUCCUUCCAGUGGGAAUUAGGGGUACCAGUAAGAAGGGAGACCUCCACCUGUACCUGUUGGUUUCUGCAUGUGUGCUUCCUGGUUUGGGGCGAGACAGCACCACAGAGUGCUCUCUUGAUUAAAGCAUAUACCACAUCACAUAGGAUAGCAUUCAGACCUCACAGGGUGUGGUCUCCCAACUGAUACUGUGCUUGAGCCUGCAGAUGAUCAUUCCACCUUCCCAUCAAAUCAGCUGCUCCUGGGGGAUGAGCCAAGCAAUAAGAUCAGUGAAUUCCAGUUCUGGGAGCCCAUCGUUUUUCUCCCAAGGUCUUUGUUCAUCUAUAUAUAUGUUGGGAUCAGCUUUUCAAAUUUCACACACACAUGAACCCUUCUCUGGUUCCAUGACAUCUACUUGUGAGGAUUGACAUUUUUAUGAUAUUGAGUUUUCCUAACCUCAAACAAGGUUGCUCCUAUCUAACUCUUUUUAAUAUCUUUGCAGAAUUUUUAUGAUUUUAUCUGUAAAUAUCUUAUACUAGUUUUACUAUAUUUAAUUCAGGUACCUUCAUUUUGAUGCUAUUAUAAGUGGUGCUUUAACCUUCGUGUGCUGAUUGUUUAUUAAAUGACUAUUAUAAGUUAUCUAAUUUUAAUGAAUUAUCUGUAGGUACUUUUGGUUUUUCUACAUAGAAAAAUCACACUAAGAAAAAUAACAGUUUUAAUUCUUCCUUUUCCACUAUUCUUUUAUUUCUUUUUCUAGAAGACCUUUAUAGAUUUUCUAGUACCUUGCAUUUCUGAAAUAAACCCAACAAACCACCUUGCA